AAGCUUUGCUCUUUUUAUAGCAUGGUGGAAUGUGAAGCUGUGUGGAUUCCCGAGAUCAGCCGCUCUGAACCAAUGGAAACAGCUCGACCUCUAGACAGACGGCUGGGCUCAGCUAGUCAGAUAGGGGCUUUUGAAGUCGAUUCUGCAUAGUCAGAGUUUAGAAAAGCACUUGCGUCAGACCUGCUCUUCCUGGCUAUAUAAGCAGUUGGGACUGCAGCAGAGAGAGCAGUGUCUCAGUCUGCUAGCUGUGAGAGGAAGAAAGAGGCAGAGCAGAUUGUCCUUGAAGCCAUGAGUGGCAUCGGCUUUGAUCCUUACUACACCUCCUCAUACAAGCGCUGGUAUGUGGAGAGUGCACCCCCACGUGUGGCGACACGGACCCGUUCCCGCACCGUGUACUCCAGCCACUCAUCUCCGCUAUCCUCGGCUCGGUUGCAGUACAGCUCCCCUGGGCGUGUCUCAUCCUCCUCCUCCUUGCUGCUGAGCAGCGCUGCCCAUCCUCUGGAUCUGGACCUGAGCCAAGCAGCGCAGGUAAGCUCUGAGCUUCGAGCGGUACGCACUCAGGAGAAGGCCCAGCUGCAGGAGCUCAAUGAUCGCUUUGCUGGCUUCAUUGAGCGUGUCCAUGAGCUCGAGCAGCAGAACCGAGCCCUUGAAGCUGAGCUGCUUCUGCUGAGGCAGAGGCACAGUGAGCCAUCCUGCCUGCGUGCCCUGUAUGAGCAGGAAGCCCGUGCUCUCCGAGCCGCUGUGGAUGAGGCUGAACUGGAGAAGCAAGCUGCAAUGAGCCGGAGGGAGCACUUGGAAGAAACACUGAGGGCCCUGCAGAGGCAGUACGAUGAGGAGGCACUGGAGCGUGAGAACUCUGAGGCCAGGCUCAUGGAUGCACGCAAAGAGGCUGACGAGCGAGGUCUUACCCAGGUGGAACUGGAGAAGAGAGUGGGUGUCCUUCUGGAUGAGCUGGCCUUCCUCAAGAAGCUCCAUGAGGGUGAGAUCUCUGAGCUGCAAGCGCAGAUCCAGUAUGGUGCACAGAUAGCUGUUGAAACUGAGACGACCAAACCAGACCUGUCCAGUGCCCUGCGUGACAUCCGUGCACAGUACGAGAGGCUGGCAGCACGCAAUAUGCAGGCUGCAGAAGAUUGGUUCCGUGGGAAAGUGGGGCAUCUGACGGAGACCGUGGCCCACCACACCAGCGCUGUGAGGACAUCCAAGGAUGAAGCAGGCGAGUACCGGCGACAACUGCAGGCACGCAUCCUGGAAAUAGAUGCCUGCAAGAGCCUUAAUGAAUCAUUGGAGAAACAGCUGAGGGAGGUGGAAGAAAAGCAGAGCGCAGAAAUCACAGCCAUGCAGGACACAAUCAAUGAGCUUGACAAUGACCUAAGAGCCACUAAAGGUGAAAUGGCCAGGUACCUUAAAGAUUACCAGGAUCUUCUCAAUGUCAAGAUGGCCCUCGAUAUUGAAAUAGCUGCAUACAGGAAGCUCUUGGAGGGUGAGGAAUCCCGCCUCAGUGCUGGCAUGGCAGGAGGUUUGGCCAGUUCCUACACGAUGGCUCCCUCCUAUUCACGCUCCAUCUAUUCUGUCCCGUCCAGUGUGACCUCUGCUGCCCCCUAUCUGCUCAGCUCUCGCCUGGUGAGCACCACCCUGUCUGCAGAACCUUCUAAGGAGGAAGAGGAAGAGGAGGAGGAAGAAGCAAAGGAAGAGGAAGAGGAAGAGAAGGAAGAAGUAAAAGAAGAAGAGGAAGAAGAAAAGAAGGAGGAAAAGGAAGAGGAAGAGGAGGCAGAGGGGGAUGAAGAGAAAGAAGAAGCAGGGGAGAAACAAGAGGAAGAAGAAGAGGAGGCUGCAGAGGAGGAAGAAAAGGAAGGAGGUGAAGAGGAAGUUAAAGAGGGUGAGAAGCAGGAAGGAGAAGAAGAAGCUGCACAGGUUGAGGAGGGUGGUGAGAAAGAAGGAGAGGAGGAAGAGGCCGAGAAAGAUGAGGAAAAAGGAGAAGAUAAGGUCGAGGCUGAGAAAGAUGCAGGAAAAGAUAAGGAGGAUAGUAAGACAGCUGAGCCAGUUAAGGAGGAAGCUGAGACAAAACCCGAACCAGCUAAAGAAAAGGUCAAAGAGGAGCCCGAAAAAGCCAAACCCAAAGAAACAGAAAAACCAAAAGCAAAAGAUGAAGGUGAUGAAGCUAAAGCUGAGGGAAAGCAAGAGCAGGAAAAGCAGAAAGAGGAAGCAGAAAAACCCAAAGCAGCAAAGUAAAAAAUCUCAGGCAGUACCAAAACCUGCACGUAUUUACCCUCAGUUCUCUGACGAUGGCGCUGAAUCCAAAAUGCAAUGCAAAGAUAACUUGCAUAUAGAAUCAGCUAGAACAGCUUUGAAAGCAAAUUACUGCACUAUAUUUAUGAAUGAAAGAGUACUAAAUGUGAAAAAGUGAAAUGUUGCUUCUGAAAGUGCAAUAAAUCUAUGCCUCUGA